AUGUCUAAUUCUUUCUUUUUUGUCUUCUUUUCUUUCUUUCUUUCUUUCUUUCUUUUUUCUUUCUUUCUUUCUUUCUUUCUUUUUUUCUUUCUUUCUUUCUUUCUUUUUUUCUUUCUUUCUUUCAUAUACUUUUUUAUUUUUCUGUCUAUCUUUCUAUCGUCUUUAUCGCUUUCUUUCAUAAUCCAUUAUUUUAUUUCUGUUGUUCCUUUAAAUAAUUUCUCUUUUUGCCUUUAUGUAUAUCUUUCUUUCAUAUUCGAUUCUCUCUUUCACUAUUUCUUUCAUUAUUUAUUUUAUAUACUUUUUCAUUUUAUAUCUAUCUAUCUUUCAAUCUAUCUAUCUUUCAUAUUUUACAUUCUUUCUUUCUAUCUUUUAUAUGAUUUGUCAUUCAUCAUCAUCAUCAUCUCUCUCUCUCUCUCUUUUGUCACUUUCUUUCUUUCUUUUACAUCCAUUUAUUUUCUCUCUGCUAUUAUUUAUAUACAGUUGGCUUCAUCUUUCUUUUUCCUCUCUCUCUCUUUUAUGUCUAAUUCUUUCCUUUUUCACUUUCUUUCUUUCUCUCGUAUACUUUUUUUCAAUUUUUUUUUUUUCUUUUCGUUUUUGUAUAUAUCUUUCUUUCAUAAUCUAUUGUCUUUUUCAUUCUUUAUUUUAUAUACUUUUACAUCUUAUGUCUAUCUAUCUAUCUCUCUAUCUAUCGUAGUUUACAUUAUUACUUUUUUAUAUGAUUUGUCAUUUUUCCUCUCUCUCACUCUCUUUCUUAUGUCAACUUUUUUCUUUCUUUCUAACUAUUUAUUUUCUCUCUACAACUUUUUAUAUACAUUUGGUUUCCUCUCUCUUUGA